UCAAGGACAUUAACCCUAACAAAAAGAUUAACAUUCAUUUGAUGUUAGUGCAAGUGUGCAACAAGGUGAACCUAACAACUUGUGCGGUUACAGCAAAAGGUUCAUUAGAGAGUCACUGAAAGUCCCCUCGAUCACAACUGGAAACUCCCCUCGGUUAUGGAGAUUGACAAGACAAGUUUUGAUCACAUCAUGGAAGAAUAUAUAUUGCUUGAUCUAGAUGCGGUUUAUGGACAAGUUGCCAUUCCUCCUGAUGAAGCAUUCAUUUUAUCUAAAUUGGAUACGAUGAAUCCAGUGUUGACUAUAGGGAACAACUUGAAGCUGAUAGGAGAAUACGAAGAAACAAUUGGGACAUGCUUAAUUUUUUCAGAGAAGGUUUUGAAUGUUAUUUUGGCAGAAAAGGCACUCUCAAGUCAUGAAGAAACAGGAUCCACAGAAGCUAACAAUUCGAAGAAUGAUGGUAUAGUUGACCCGAAUACAGGUUCAUCCAAGCAUAUAAGGCCUGUAACAUCCCUUCAUAAGAUUCUAAAAUUCAGAUUGCUGUCAGAAGUUGAUGGGUUGGGUUCAACGGAGAAACCACCUGAUCCGACUAUGGAAAAUUAGGGAGUUGUUAUUUGUUAUAAGGUAAUUGAUGGCCUGGGUUCAACGGAGAAACCACCUGAUCCGACUAUGGAAAAUAAGGGAGUUGUUAUUUGUUAUAAGGAUGUAAUGCUUAUGAUUUUGAGUAAAGAGUAUCUAAAAAGUAACCUCUGUACAGGACUGUAUGCUUUGUGAUUGCUAGGAAUGCCCCUAUGUAUUGUUGUGUAGAGCCACUACUCUAGUCAUUCUACAACUUAUUCUAGCUGCUCACAUUAAGUGAUUAAGGUGACUGAGAUUAUGAAUGGGAAUCACUCGCUUUCAUUUUCUCUA